UCCCUGCCCUCUGUCUUGCUCCUCCCCGUUCGCCCCUCGCUCUCGCCCCAGUUGUUUCGUGCGAGGCAGGCCUCUGACCGGAUGCUCAAUCCUGCCUCCUGUCCUUCGCUAUUGUGGAUCUGUCGCCUCCGCGCCCCCCUUCUCGUCCGUCGCUCCCGAGCGCUGAUUUUGCCGCUGCUGCUCCUCCCUCGCUUCUCCUCCGCGCCUCGAUGCCCAGCUGCUCGAGCCUCUCCGUUGCCGCUGUGCCGGUGCACGCCGCUGCCCCGCGUUUCGCGCCGUCGCUCCGCCAUCCUGGUCCCCAGGGUGUCGCUAGCCUGGCCGCGCACGUCGAGGCGCGGGUCCUCCCCCCUCCUCCUCCGUCGCUCCUGGGCCCUCGCCUUUGCUUCUGCGCUGCCUCCCCCCUCUGCCCCUCGCCCCGCCUGGAUUUUGGCAUGGCGGAUUCGGACGUCGGCUCCGCGCUGCACGAGUCGGCGCUCUCAGGGGUGCCGCCGCGCCGUGCCAGCGGAUAGGCGGGGCGUGGGGACUCCUCCCUUACGCUCGGUGCUUCCUCG